GAAAAAACGAGACGAGCGAGUGUGUCGGUCAACAAGAAAAAACCUUGAGCACAUUUAUUUUGUUGAACACGUGUGAGCGCGAAUGUUUCUCGUCACAAUAAUUUGCUGAGCACUAUUAUCUGUGUGAAAUUUAGCCAUGGCAGGCUUGGAGUUGGCCAAAAAAUUACUAGCUGUUCGGAUCAAAGGAGGAGGUUUCGAUCGGCUACUGCACAAAGUGCGAAUAACGGAGGCUGGGGGAGGUUCGCUUGUGGCGGAAAUGAGGGUUGAGGAGGAGGACUGUGCCCCACAGAAGCGUUUCAUGCAUGGGGCCAUGUCCACUCUGCUGGUUGACUCUUUAUCGGGUAUCGCCCUAAUGACAGCGGAACAUGUACAGCUUCAAAAUGCUGGGGUUAGUCUUAACAUCAACAUGACGUAUAUGAAAGCAGCUCAGGUGGGCCAGGAUGUCUUGAUAAAGGCUAGGACUGAUAAAGUGGGUUCAAAAGUUGCAUUCUUGUCCGUGGAAAUUCUCAGCAAGGCUACAGAUGAAUUGUUGGCAAAAGGAAGCCACGUAAAAUUUAUUGGCCAAGCUGUACUUCCAAAAGCGUAGGUAAAGGUAGGAUAAUGUUGCAUAUGUUGUAUGUACGCGUCAAUUAGAGACACUUAUGAUAUAUAUAAUCUAGAUAACCAAUAAAUUAAGCAUGCAGAAUAAUAACCAUUCUAACUGCAUUUAUUCCAUAUUUCUUUUCUUAAAUUAUUCUUUGUGUUUACUCUCAUACAUUUUAUAUUUGGUUUUCAAAAAGUCCCAGAAGCAUAAACUUAACAGCGUAUUACUGGUACGUUUGGCUUUGUUUAAUUGUCUUGUAAUAUUCGCAUAAAAAUUAAUAAAAAAGUACACACUUAAACUUGUCUCACUUUGCCCCAGAA